CGGUAGGCUGCCACCCGCCGGCUGGUCUGCCGUCGCUGUUGCUCGCGCGCUCCCCCAGGGUGCUGCUCCCGCCAGCCUCCCUCGUGCGCGCUGGCGGCGAGUUCCAGGUCGCACUCCGCGCGGGCGCCUCGUCGUGAGGAGGCGAGUCCCCGCGAAGGCGGGACGAAGAAAGGCUCGCGACGAGAGAGGCUGCUGGGCUGCCCGGUCCUCGCUGAACUAGGAGGGCAUGUGAGCCUUCCUUCGGAGACCAGUUAGGAGCUGAACUACCCGCGCGACGCCUAUUUUGCUUCCCUUCGCCAUGGGGCUCCCCCUGCUGCUGGGUCUGCUGCUUUCCCGAGCCGGGGGAUUCCAAGUUGUGUCCUUUGAGCAGCCAAACAACUGUGUGGCAGCCGAGACCCUUUGUAUAGCUGACCCUUCCUGCAGUGCCACCUAUCAGACCUUGCAAAACUGUUCCCAGCAUCUUUCCAAGAACAGUUUCAUCCUCCUGCACCAUGAAGCCAGGAACAGAUGCACAGAGGCACAAAUAAAAAUGAGAAAUAGUCAUUUUCAGCACUGCAGAUGUCACCGACGUGCACAGAAGAAGGAAGAGCGGUGCUUGCAAAUCUACCAGGCUCUUCGUUCAGCUUUAACACAAGAUGACUUUCAUUUGGAGAUGGUUCCCCACAGGGAUAUAGCAAAUGAAGAAACUGUGAAGACAAAAUACAACAAGCUUGCAACUCGAGUCUCAGGUUCCCAUAUAGCUGAAGAUAGCACAAAUCCCUGCCUGCUAGCCACUAAUAUUUGCCAUUUGGACCACAAAUGCAUGCGUCAGCGCUCACAGUAUGCUCAGGCCUGCAGCACAGGAUACCCCUGUGACCAACGCAGAUGCCACCGAAGUCUGAGACACUUCUUUGAAAAGGUUGAUGUGGAUUUCACCAAAAGGCUCCUCUUUUGUCCUUGCCAAGAUGAAGUUUGUGGGGAACGACGCUGGAACACAAUUGUCCCAGAAUGUUCUUUCCAGAGCAGCAACAAGCCCAAUUGCCUCUUUUUGCUGGACUCAUGCCUGAAGGACGGUGUCUGCAAGUCCCGGCUGACUGAUUUCCAAGAAAAAUGCAAAUCGUUACAGGCAUCCACAGAUGGCUGCUCUCCACAGAAUUAUGCUGCAUGCCUGCAGGCUUACAUGAAGAUGAUUGGUACAUCCUUGACUCCCAAUUAUGUGAGCAAUUCCAGUGCUGAGAUCACACUUUGGUGCUCCUGCACAAACAGUGGCAAUCAUAAACAGGACUGUGAUCAAAUCCUUGACUCAUUUUCCAGCAACAAAUGUCUCAAUAAUGCAAUCCAGGCUCAGAUGAAUCUUGACCAGAAGAAUAAGGAGGUUCAGGACCAGCUACAAUUCACCCCUUCCUUAGACAUUCAAGGAGAUGGCACCAGCACAAUGUUCACUGAAAAACUCUAUCAGAAACCUGAGGAGGAGGAGGAGAAGAAAGAUUCUGAAAUUCUUACCCUCAACCCAAAAUCACGUAAUAAUUCUGAAUAUCCUGGAGCUCAGUUUUCCUUACUCAUCUUGACCUUAACAUUAGUCUUUCUAUUACUUGGCCCACCUUAACCUAAUCUAAAUUUCUUUGCUCCUAUUGUAUAUUUUCUUGAGAAGAGAAACUGACUUGUUUCAUGCAAAGAGGAAGCGUUGGUCACUGCACAUUUCUUUACCCUUCUGUCAGCCCAGUGGCCCAUUAACUCACUUUUGUACACACUUGUGACAGAAGCUGGGGGUGUGUGCUGAGGGGGGUUCAGAUCCCCCACAGCAGAAAAAAGCAAGCAAGUGGGAGAUGAUAGGGAACUAGUUUUUAAAACCUCAAUCGGUAAAAUUUUCAUAUUCCAAGAUAUCCUGUUUUAAGAAGACAAAGAAGAACUGGUACAUCCCUAGGCUAUUAAAUGAUGUGCAAUUUCUGGCCAAAGGAGAACCCUAACAUCUGGAUUGUUUUCAGGACUAAGUUGUAGAGUUGUCCUCUUUUUUAAUCAGCCAAGACAAAAAUGUUAAGGGCAUGAUGUUGAAUUGUAGCCUCUGUACUUGGUUUCUUGUUUGCCUAACUA